CCGCCGCUGCCGCCGCCACCACCUCCGCCGCCACCGCCACCGCCUCAGCCUCCGGUGCCACCGCCGACAACGUCGCCAAGGAUGAAGGAGAAGUCGAAGAAUGCGGCUCGAACCCGCCGGGAAAAGGAGAACACCGAAUUCUACGAGUUGGCCAAACUGCUCCCGUUGCCCAGCGCCAUCACAAACCAACUCGACAAGGCCUCCAUCAUCCGCUUGACGACAAGCUACCUGAAGAUUAGAGCCAUCUUCCCGGAUGGUAAGUCAAUUACUUUGUGGUUUAUCUUGACCCUUGCCUAA